AUGCCCCUUCCCAGCGGGGAGGCCCCCAGCGAGGACACGAAUGCUCCAGGGGACAGCGAGGAGCAGCAGCUGGUGGUGGCUCUUCGCAUCCGCCCGAUGAGCGCGGCCGAGCUGGCGGAGGGGGCCAGACCCAUCGCCCACCUCAUGGAUGAACAGGUCGUGGUGCUGCAAGACCCCAUGGAAGACCCCGAUGACAUCCUGCGCGCCAGCUGCUCCCGGGAGAAAUCCUACGUCUUCGAUGUGGCCUUCGACUCUUCGGCCACCCAGGAGACCGUGUACCAUGCUACCACCCAGGGUCUUGUCGCGGGUGUCAUCUCCGGCCACAACGCCACCGUCUUCGCCUACGGCCCCACUGGCUGCGGGAAGACCUACACCAUGCUGGGCACCGAUGGCGAGCCUGGCAUCUAUGCCCGCACCCUGGGCGAGCUCUUCCAGGCCAUCGAGGAUGCCAGCGGUGACACCGAGUAUGAGGUCUCCAUGUCCUACCUUGAGAUCUACAACGAGAUGAUCCGGGACCUGCUGAACCCCUCGCUGGGCUGCCUGCAGCUCCGGGAGGACGCUGGUGGCACCAUCCAGGUGGCCGGCAUCACCGAAGUCUCCGCCAUCAGCGCCGAGGAGGUCCUGCAGGCGCUGGCACGGGGGAACAUGCAGCGGACGCAGGAGCCCACAGCCGCCAACCGCACCUCAUCCCGCUCCCACGCGGUGCUGCAGGUCACCGUGCGCCAGCGGCGCCGGGGUAGGGGGCUGCGCCGCGGCCGCCUCUUCAUGAUCGACCUGGCGGGCUCCGAGCGGGCUGCGCAGACACAGAACCGCGGGCAGAGGAUGAAGGAGGGGGCCCACAUCAACCGCUCGCUGCUGGCCCUGGGCAACUGCAUCAAGGCUCUGAGCCACCAGGCGAGCACCAAGUACAUCAACUAUCGCGACAGCAAGCUGACCCGCCUGCUCAAGGACUCGCUUGGAGGCAACAGCCACACGGUGAUGAUCGCCCACAUCAGCCCUGCCAGCACCGCCUUCGAGGAGUCCCGCAGCACCCUCGCCUACGCCCACCGCGCCAAGAGCAUCCGUACCACGGCAGGGCUGGGAGCGCAGGCAGAGCCAGCACAGCUCUUCCGGCAGAGCCAGCAGCACACACGGCGGCUGGACGUGGCCCGGCGGCAUCGGAGCGGCUGGGAGGAGCAGCGGGAGGUGCUGGCCCUGCUGUGCCGCCUGCACCACCUGGAGCUGGAGGCAGCAGAGAUGCGCUCCCGCACCCUGCUCGAGGGUGGCCUCCAGCACCCGCCGGCCACCGUGGCGCAGCGCUUCGGUCGUCACCGUGCCCUCUGCGCUCGCAUCAUCCAGCAGCAGCGGCAGCUCAUCGCCGACCACCGGCUGUCGGUGCCACGGCCGCUGGAGGAGCUGUACGAGACUUACCUGCAGGAGCUGGCAGGGGACUUUGGGGACAGUGGCACCCUCAAGGUAGGGCAGGGUGACAGGGCACCCCCCAGAGCCCAGGCAGGGCACUCAGCCCCUGUCCCUGCCCAGGGCACGUCCCUGCCCAAGGUCCCACAGGUGACCGGCACAGAGAGCCUGUGGGACCCGGAGCAGGACAGCGUGCGGGCACGGAGCUGUGAGCACCCCACACUGCUGCAGGACGAUGCCCUCCCACCCCUGCGCCCCAUGGGGGACAGCACCCCGACCCCCGUGUUCAAGAAGACCCCUCGGGCACAGCAGCUGGGGAGCGCGGCGGUGCCCACCCCACCUCCCGGCCGUGGCACAGUGGCCCUGGAGGUGAGCACGGCCAUGCCCGCAGCACCGAAGCCCCGAGAACGCCGGGAGGUGUCGAGCAGCACCAAGAGCAUCGUGGCUAAGGCUGUCCAGUGCCGGUCCGGCAUCCCGGAGAGCAUCCGCCUGCACUCACCGGACGCCUGGGAGGAAUGGGGUGGCCCCAGGCUGUGGCACACCAGCAGCGAGGUGGGGACAUGCACCCCCCGCUCCCCGGGGACCUGGCUGCGGGCACGCAAGAAGGGCCACAAGGAGCCAGGGAGGAGGAAGGAAUCGCUGGAUGGCAGAAGGAGAUCGAGGAGGUCACAGUCCUUCGAGGUGACCGGCCAUGGGCAUCACGCCCGUGGACCCUCUCUCCAGCAGCUGGCAUCCCCCAUGGUCCCCCCGCUGCCAUCCACCAUGCUGCAGAGCCGCUCCGAGCACGCCGUGUUGGUGGGGGCGCGGGCAGCCAGCACCCAGGGACCCCCCAAAGCCCUGCCCAGAGCAAAGCCCCUGCAGACCCAGCUGCCAGCUCCCCCCAGGAAGGGCCAGCACCCACGGCUCGGCGGCAUCACCGGGAACGGUGCCAGCGCCUCCGGCAAGGAUGGAUGGAGUUGCUGGUACUGA